UUCCUCUUCCAGCCCCCUCCCGCCCUGCCGGCACCCCGUCAGGAUCCCCUUGCUGGUUUCCUGGAUAAGAUGGCGGCCCCCGUGGGAGCGCAGGCCCGGAAACUUCUGAGAGACCUGGCGCUCCGGCCCCCGCUCCUGGCGGCCAGGUCCCAGGUGGUUCAAUUAACAUCCAGAAGAUGGCUGAACCUGCAGGAAUACCAGAGUAAGAAAUUAAUGUCUGACAACGGAGUGAAAGUUCAAAGAUUCUUUGUUGCCGACACUGCCAAUGAAGCUCUGGAGGCUGCUAAGAGACUAAAUGCAAAAGAAAUUGUUUUAAAAGCCCAGAUCUUAGCUGGUGGAAGAGGAAAAGGUGUCUUCAGUAGCGGUUUGAAAGGAGGCGUUCAUUUAACAAAAGACCCUAAAGUUGUGGGACAGCUGGCUAAACAGAUGAUUGGAUAUAAUCUAGCAACAAAACAAACUCCGAAAGAAGGUGUGAAAGUUAAAAAGGUGAUGGUUGCUGAAGCCCUGGACAUUUCCAGGGAAACCUACUUGGCCAUUCUGAUGGACCGGUCCUGCAAUGGCCCUGUGCUGGUGGGCAGCCCUCAGGGGGGCGUUGACAUUGAAGAGGUGGCAGCUUCGAAUCCAGAACUUAUUUUUAAGGAGCAAAUUGACAUUAUUGAAGGGAUAAAGGACAGCCAAGCUCAGCGGAUGGCGGAAAAUCUAGGCUUCCUCGGGCCUUUGAAAAACCAGGCUGCAGACCAAAUUAAGAAGCUGUACAAUCUCUUCCUGAAAAUUGAUGCUACUCAGGUGGAAGUGAAUCCCUUUGGUGAAACUCCAGAAGGACAAGUUGUCUGUUUUGAUGCCAAGAUAAACUUUGAUGACAACGCAGAAUUCCGACAAAAGGAUAUAUUUGCUAUGGAUGACAAAUCAGAGAAUGAGCCCAUUGAAAAUGAAGCUGCCAGAUAUGAUCUAAAAUACAUAGGACUGGACGGGAACAUUGCCUGUUUUGUUAAUGGUGCUGGACUCGCCAUGGCUACCUGUGACAUCAUUUUCCUGAAUGGUGGGAAGCCAGCCAACUUUUUGGAUCUUGGUGGUGGUGUAAAGGAAUCUCAAGUAUAUCAAGCAUUCAAAUUACUCACAGCUGAUCCUAAGGUUGAAGCCAUCCUAGUCAAUAUUUUUGGUGGAAUUGUCAACUGUGCCAUCAUUGCCAAUGGGAUCACCAAAGCCUGCCGGGAGCUGGAACUCAAGGUGCCACUGGUGGUCCGGCUUGAAGGAACCAAUGUCCAUGAGGCCCAGAACAUUCUCAGUAACAGCGGACUCCCCAUCACUUCAGCUGUCGACCUGGAGGAUGCAGCCAAGAAAGCUGUGGCCAGUGUGGCUAAGAAGUGAUGCCUUGCCCUGAUCCCUUGGAAGAAGUGCACUUACCCAUAAAAAGGGAUGGUUCUCUCACCACUGUGAAGAAAAUGGUUAUUCCAUUGGGGAAAAAGGAGGGGUGGGGAAGGGGAAGAGUAAGAAUUUCAAGUUUUUUUGUUUAAAAAAUUUAAAUCUGUAUUUUUUUGAAUAAGAUAUCUAGACAGCUUAAUUUGCCUUAUAGCCUUUAUUAAUUUAAUGACCUGCAUUCGCAUAAUUUUCUGUCUUAGUGAGUCAGCUCACCAUUGUUUUGCCAAUUUCAGGGAGCAGUCUACAAGGCCAAACAGUGUGUGUGUAUACAGCAUUUGAGAUCAGGCCCUGGUUCAUUUGCAGCUAUUUUGGUGAACAUUUGUAUUGUGUUAAAAAAAAAAAAAAUGCAUGCUGUAAAAAAAAAAAUAGUCAGACAAGAUUACAUUGAACAGAUUUGCCAUCAAAAAGGUGCAGCUAAGACACUGAAACAAGUAGCUGUUAUAAACUGCAAGAGUUUUUACUAUUUUGAAUUCCAACAUGUUUAGAAAAUCCAUGAAAUAUAUUUUACAAUGGAAGAUUCAUAAUUAAUACCACAUACAUGUAUCCUACCAUUUGCCUUAAUAUUGAAUAUGCUGUUUACCUCAUACUAAAAAUGAAGCCAGAAGCCUUAUUUGUGAUUUUGGAGUAGAAAUUUCUCUUUUAACAUCAGAACUGAAGGUUGAUUCUUAUGGAAAUCUCUGGUUGACUCAUUUCAAGAAUAGACAACACUGAAAUCAAAUUAUGCUGUGAGUGUCACUGUCUUUUCUCCCUUCCUGUUUCCCCCCUGAAUCUACCACCUGGGAAAAUGUAAUUGAGAGAAUGUGGCUUUUUUGCAUAGUGUCCAUUUUUGUGGUGGGAAAGAAUGUGAUUUAGGUUUGUGUUAAAAUUUUGGUAAAUUUUUAUCUGUAUGUAAAUUUGAAUAAAAUCCUCUGUUUUAUAAACUCUAA